UGCUGUGUACUCUCUCUCUCUCUCUCUCUCUCUCUCUCUCUCUCUCUGUGUGUAUGAUAGGUGAAAGUAACAAGACGGCCGACUACUAGUGAAGACUGCCUAUGAAAUUAUACAGAGAAAUGUGAACCAGUUUUAAUACCAAAAUUAAACUUAGAAAAUAGGAAAAUCAACAGAUAUUCAAGUCAUACAAAACUAUCGGAACUCAGAAGCAUUACUACAUAUGAGCUCUAACUCUCUAGCACAUAAAUUUGGAAGAUUGGAAACACAAUACAUGUAAUGAGAAAGACCAAUUGUAAUGUUGUUGUUUCUUGAUCAAUAUUUCAUCCUGAAAUCGUCUACAAUAGUUUGAAAAAAAAGAUACAUCCUUUAGACAGCUAAGUGGUCUGGUGUGGGUAAGAGGAGAGGAUGGCAUGGCCACAUAGUGACAGAAAAUACUCCAAACAUUAUAGACUUGGGAAGUGCCAGUCAAGUCAGUGAGUCAAGUGUAGUGUAGAGCUGACCGUAGUGAUCACAAUAAGCUGCCUGCAGUCAUGAUAUCAAAAUGAGAACAGUCACACCAUAACGUUUAGGAUACUAGAGUGAGCACAUUAAGCUGACCACAGUGACAUCAUAAAGUUGACUACAUUGAUCCCAACAAACUGAUAACAGCAACACUAUAAAGUUGACUGAAGUAAUCCCAAUAAUCUGAUUACAGUGACACCAAAAAGGUAGACUACAGUGAUCACACCAAAUUGACUGCAGCAAUCUCACCAAGCUGACUACACCAACGUCAGAAACUUAACUACAAUGAUUCCACCACAAAGACUGGGGUGAUUUCACAAAGUUGACUGCACUCAUCCUACCAAAUUGACUGCAGUGAAUCUAUCAAGUUGACUGCAGUGAUUCCAUCAAGUUGACUGCAGUGAUCCCAUCAAGUUGACUGUAGUAAUCCCAUCAAGUUGACUGUAGUGAUCCCAUCAAGUUGACUGUAGUGAUCUCAUCACGUUGACUGCAGUGAUCUCAUCACGUUGACUGCAGUUAUCCCAUCAAGUUGACUGUAGUGAUCUCAUCACGUUGACUGCAGUGAUCUCAUCACGUUGACUGCAGUGAUCCCAUCAAGUUUACUGCAGUGAUCUCAUCACGUUAACUGCAGUGAUCUCAUCAUGUUGACUGUAGUGAACAACAAGUUCACUGCAGUGAUCCCAUCAAGUUGACUGAAGUGAUCUCAUCAAGUUGACUGCAGUGAUCCCAUCAAGUUGACUGCAGUGAUCCCAUCAAGUUUACUGCAGUGAUCCCAUCAAGUUGACUGAAGUGAUCUCAUCAAGUUGACUGUAGUGAUCCCAUCAAGUUGAUUGCAGUGAACAACAAGUUGACUGUAGUGAUCCCAUCAAGUUGACUGUAGUGAUCCCAUCAAGUUGACUGCAGUGAUCCCAUCAAGUUGACUGUAGUGAUCUCAUCACGUUGACUGCAGUGAUCCCAUCAAGUUGACUGUAGUGAUCCACCAAGUUGACGGCAGUGAUCCCAUCAAGUUGACUGCAGUGAUCCCAUCACGUUGACUGUAGUGAUCCCAUCAGGUUGACUGUAGUGAUCCCAUCAAGCUGACUGCAGUGAGUGAUCCCAUCAAGUUGAUUGCAGUGAGUGAUCAAUCCAAGCUGACUGCAGUGAGUGAUCCCAUCAAGUUGACUGCAGUGAUCCCACCAAACUGACUGCAGUGAUCCCAUCAAGAUGCCUCGAACACUCAACGACUUUCUCUACUUUCUAAACUCUCUCAGUGGCUCUCAAAGUAGAAUUGAAGAUUGUUCUUCAGCUGUGGACGAAACUCUAUUUUACCAGUUUUCUUUGAUCCCAGCAUUCUGCCUAACCCUGAUGAUGGCUCUCACAAAACAACGAACGCAAACAUGGACCAGUUUCUUCAAAGGCCGCCCUGCAUUAAUUUAUCCUAUGGAUACUUUGACAAGACUGUCCAGGUUGUCUUACUGUGCAGCUUUCGGGGCCACGGCGUUUUUGGUUUAUCAAAUCACACUUCAAAGACAAUUAGCGAUCAACUACGAAGGACCAAUUUCAUUAACAUCAUUGAUCGCUUUAUUGUCCAUGCUGAUUUACGGGAUGGUGUUCUUCCCCAUCUUCGCCUGCCUGGCCCUGAGAACAGCUUUCGGAUACGCGCUUGGAUCGCUGUACGUCUGGGUUUUCUUCAUCAUUGAUGUUAUGAGUCUCAUCUAUUGCGCCAGCGAAACACAGGAGAUAAUGAGAUUUCUUCCCAGUGUGCUCUGCAGGGCCUUCCUCUGUAUCUCUUUGCCAGUCAAGUUUGUCUGGGCAUUCAAGAAAGGGAAUUACUUUGUUAAUGUCAACACCGGAAACAGUUUGGAGAGAACGCUGGAGCAAGUCCGUGACUCUUACCAAGGUCGACAUGUCCGAAACCUGCUGAGGAAAACGGAACGAAAAGCAGAGCCUGUCAGCAUUGUCAGCAAAAUAAAUGCUUGUUUCUUCGAGCAAUUCUGGCGACUAUUCUACCACAGACAAAAAGGUUAGUAGUUAUCUUCUACAUUGUAACACUUUGUUAAUGGACAUUAAGUGGGGUUGACGUUAUUUCAAACAUUCGUUAAUAUUAUGUUGAGGAGUAGUAGAAUUACGUCUGCUAUACAGAUUAA